AGUGCUGCAGAUGAUGUCCACAACAUGGCGUCAAUGUAGGAAGUGAUCUUUCUUUUUUCUUAUCCAUGAAGUGAUUUUUGUGCAAUUUUCAUAGCGGAAUAUUGAUCGAAAUCUAUUUUAUUCUUUUAAAUAAGCGAUUUAACGUCUAGCCCUACGAGUUUAACUGAGUCUGAUACUGAUAGCGGCCUGGCCCAUAGGGCCUGCAGAAGAAGAUAACAAGGAAGUCUUUAAUCACUCUAACACUAAGAAGUGGUGGAACAGAAACUCUUCAGCCUUCACAAAACACACUUGCUUUGGACCAGUGAGACUGUAUCAACUAAACAAAAAUGAGUGAGGUACCAAUCAUCUCUGCCCGUGCCUCCGUGAUGAUCUAUGAUGACAAUAAUAAAAAAUGGGUGCCAAGUGGCACUUCUCAAGGACUUUCAAAGGUGCAGAUUUAUCAACACACCAGCAACAACACGUUCAGGGUGGUUGGAAGGAAGCUACAAGACCAUGAGGUGGUAAUCAACUGUGCAAUAAUGAAAGGACUCAAGUACAACCAAGCCACCCCCACAUUCCACCAGUGGCGAGACAGCCGUCAAGUCUAUGGCCUCAACUUUGCAUCUCGGGAAGAUGCUGAAAACUUUUCCCAGGCAAUGUUGACUGCAUUAGAAACAUUAAAUUUACUUUAUCGUCAAGCUGCUCCCAUGGUAGCACCCCCACAACCACCCCAACAAACCAACAUUUAUGCUCAAGCUAUCAAUUCCAUCAAUGUGCCACCAGAACCAGAAGACAAGAUCACCAGAGAGGAGCCCCCAACACAUCAAAGACAGAUGUCAGGAGGUGGGGGUACUGGUAACUUCUCUUCAGUCACAAGAGACUCGUACCCAAUAAACCAGGAGCCCCCAAGUAUUCCUGCUCAAACGCCACCACUUCCUCCAACCUCAGCGCCCCCUGCACCUCCUGCACCACCAGCCCCUCCUGCAGCACCACCAGCUCCUCCUGCACCACCUGCUCCACCCGCCCCACCUGGGGGACCAGCGCCAUCUGGAGGCCCACCUGCACCACCACCACCUCCUAUACCUGCAGCAGGUUUCCAGGCUGGAAAUGGAGGUGCUAAUCAAGGUGGAUUAGCUGCAGCUCUUCAAGGGGCUAAACUCAGAAAAAUUAAUAAGCCUGAGGAGAAAGAAGUUGUAGGCACUGUUGCAGACAGAGGCAGUAAUAGCUCAGUGGGCAGUGCUAGCAACCGAAGUGGAGCCAUUGCAAGCAGUAGUAGUGGCGGCGGGCAUAUUGAUAUGAUGUCAGAGAUGCAACUAAAGCUCAAGGCAAGAAAAGCUAAAUCAGAAACAACUGGACAAGUACAGGGAGAAAAUAUUGAUGGUGCUGCAACUCUUCCUCACCCAAGUUCAUCACCUGAUGUACGAAGACCAUGGGAGAAAAGUGCCACAAAUGGGGGAACAGUUCGACCAGGGCAGGUUAAUGGGUCAGAAUCUCCUAAACCUACGAGAAAACGUAAUCCAUCACUUACUGGUCAAGAAGCCAUAAAUCUUGGAAAUGAUGGGGUACCACUCUCUGGAGAAAUGGAAAUACUUAAGCAAGAAAUUCUGGCAGAGAUGCGACGGGAGUUAUACAAAAUGAAAAAUGAAAUUAUAGAAGCUCUUCGUCAAGAAAUAGGACACAGAUAACGUGGAUCACAUCAACACAACGAGUCUUGUUACAUUACUCUGCCACAACAGAGACUAAUCAAAUAGCCUUGUUCUAAUCAAUGUUGUCUAGCAUUGGCAUUUCUAUAGGCUUGGACUUUCUUUUAAUGACCACAACAUGGAAUAUGAGCACACUGUGCUCUUCAUGUCAGGAAAAUAUUAUUAUUAAAUAACGUUUAAAUCCAGAUUUGUUUAGAAAAUAUUUUUUACCCCACAAAAAGAAAAUAGAAAAUAAAAUACUCAACUUUGUACAUAAAAUAACAUUUCAUAACAAUUUGUACCAUUUUAAAAAAAGAAACACUUGAAAAAUACUGGAUUAUUUACUUGAAUACAAGAAAUAUCAGGGUUUAAAAAAAAACAGUUACAAAUGAAUUUACAAAUGUAGGUGACUCUAGUUUUUAAGUGUAGGUAUUUUUAAACAUUUAUUUUGCUCUUAAUACGUUUUUAGGGAAAUAGCUAAAACAACUUGAGGUUAUAUUAAUACCACCAAAAGUUCCUUUAUUUUAUUUUUUAAAUAUUGUAAACUACACUGAGAAAGAGAAAAGAAAAUGCUCUAUAUUUAAAUUUUAAAAGCCAAAUACAGAUGUGGCCUUUUUUAAUAGUAUAUAUUUAUCUUUCCUGGGUUUUUUGCUAGCUGAUAAAGUGUUCUUAAUUCCAAUAGCAAAAUAUCAAAAAGAGUCUGGUGUUCAUUGGUAUGGCUAUCAUGUUGCUUGCAAUUAGGUUAUAGUUAUAGUGUAUAGACAAAAUUUUCUUUUUGAUGGUUUCACACAACUGAUCUACUUUAUAAUCAAAUUGUGUUAAUUAAGCACUUCUUUCUAAUUUUGUUUAACAAUUGUUUUCCCCCUCCCCAUCAUAAAUGUCUCCUUACACUUGAUAAGUAAACACAGAGGUGCACUUUUUGCAAGUUUUAAAAUUACCUUAUGCUUAAGGUAUUCUAUUUUUAAUCAUUUUUUUUGUAUGCCAUUUUCUAUAAUUCAAAAAUGUUUUUUCCCUUUUAAUUAUUGUGCUAUGACUUGACUAUAACAUUGUGGUUGAAUAAAAUGAAUUCUUUUUUAUGUACUUAUAAAUGGACUUACAUUAAAUGAAAAAUUAUAGCUAUAAAUAUUAAAAUUCAACUCUCCCAAAUCAUAUACUCUGGAAAAAAUGUAAUUCACAUUUAUACUAUGGGAUCAAUAUUUAUUUCGCCAUGCCUCUUUCACUUAAGUUCUUUUUAAAAUGAAUAUUAUAUUGGUAACUAAGCACUUUAUGAAUGAUUGGAUUGUCAUUUCAUGCAUCACUGUUUUGAUCAUUGUGCUAGUAUCAUUUCUAAUUUUGAUAUGGCUGAAACUCGCCUGGUAAUUUGUUAAAAUCUUGGUUAAUUUUUUAACUUUUUUUUUUAAAUUCUUUUUGCAACCUAUAAUAUGAACCAUACAAUGUACUUCUUCAUUGUGUUUUUUCAGUGAAAUUUUUUAUUAGGUUAACUAACAGCAGCAAUGUGCUCUCAAUCAAAUCACCAUGACAAAUCAUGGCUUGUAUAUAAUUGUACAUGUUUUUAGUACUUUCUUAAGAAGUAUUACUUACUGCAUUUUUAGUGAGAAUCAACAUAUGGUAGUAAAUUUUUUGUUUAAAUUACUGCACCUAAAAUAUAUGUAAAUUAUAUGGAACAAAAAGUACUUUAUUGUUGAUAGUUUAGUAUUAGAUCAGUAGAGACACUUCACACUGCUCUACUUACAUUAUAUUUUAUACAAAAGUUGUAUUUAAAAAAUGUAAUAGCCUAUUGUUUUUUUUUUAAUGGGGGGGGGGUGUGAUUGUUUUUAAAAAUUAAUUAAUGAAGCAUGUAACUUUACUUAGUUUAUAAGCGUCAGAGAUGCCAACAUUUAUUUGUGCAUUUAAAUAGUAACAAUGAUCCUUUGUUAGCUAAUGAAAAAAAAUUUUACAGUAGAAAAAGUUGUACAUGUAUUAUACAUUUUUCUGCUCAAUGUUAAAUGAGACAAAGGUCAAUAUUGACAGCUAAUGUAUUUGAUACAUAACUAACUCUUAGAUGGUAAAAGCGUAAUACCCAAAUGACAAGGAUGCAGUUUAUGCGAUGCAUGCAAGUUUGUCUUUCAGAUCCCAGCAAGUAGUGGGGUAGUAUUAUUUUUCACCAUUAUGCUAAAAAAUUGUUUUUACAUUAGGUUCACAAACUGUAAAUUAAGUUUUAAAAGUUAAUUGCAAAAUUCUAACUGCAAUUUAAAUUGUUUUAAAAACUGUAACCUUGGAUUGAAAAAAUACAAAAUGAUAGCUAAAUGAAACAUUGAUGUCUUACUACACUUAAAUACUGCUUUCAUUUGUGUUAACUAGUUAUUCAUUACCUUUGUUGAAACAAACUCUACUAGUGUAAUCAUAUACCAAACUUACUGUCUACUUUUUCUUACAUGAUUUCCAAGUACUAUUCUCUACAAAAUUUAAUUUAACAUAAAAUAAUAGACAAUUACUGACCAUGUAGAUCAAUAGAAACAUAUUUUAUGAAAUGUUUCCAGAAUUUUAUUUACACUCUGCCAAAGAGGUAUUCAAUUGCAUGCUAUUUAACUUUGUUUUGUUGCUGUAUAAUUGUAAUGUGACACUUUAUGGUAUUAAUUGUGCUGUGGAUCAACUCUAUCAUUUGCUUUUUCUUGAUUGAUUUUGAUACAAUCUUAUUUACUUAUACUUAUAGUCUAGUAGUUGUAUAAUACAUUUAUAAUUUGCCAGUAAAAUUAAAAAUAUUUGACAUUUUUGUUUGUCAUCCUGCAGAUAUUUCAUUACAUGUAAUAAAAAAUUGUCUUUAAAUUUAAUCAUUGUGUCUUACUCCAGAAUUUUUAUUUAUUUAAUUACACAGCUUUUCAAUCAGGGUAUAAAAACUCAGUAUAAUUAUUAAAGCAAUAAUGCAUACAAUUUUAAUAGCUGCGCAGAUUUUGACUUUCCAAACUUUUUGGCCUGCUAGGUAAAGAUUAUAAUAGUGAAUUUGUAUUAUUUUCUAGAUUACUCUUUAUUUGCAUGUAUAUAAUGUAAAAUUACUAUUUUUAUUUUUGUCUUGCUCAUAGCGGAUAACCGUAUACUUCUUGUGAUGACCAAUUUUAUUUUAUGUUGUACUAUUUAUACUAUUUUGCUUCUUUUGUUGCUUACAUUCUGUUUGUACAUUCAGCAGCUAUUUAAAUCUUUCAGACAAUAAACUAAUCUCUUAGUCUAAUCAAAGGCUGACUGUUGAGAGCAAGAUAACAAAUAAAUGGUUCAUUUAAUAAA